AUGUCGAGAGAACAGUUUUGGGCAGAAGUUGCAAUCACUCUUGCAGUUUUCAUUCUACUCCAUGGCCAUACAUCACUUGCUACUGUUCCUAAUAUUAGCAUUGAUGAAGCCGCUCUUCUUGCCUUGAGAUCUCACAUUUCUUCUCAUCCUAACAACAUCUUACCAAGCAACUGGUCUUCUUCAACCCCAAUUUGCACAUGGAUCGGAAUCACUUGCAGCUCCUGUCACCAUAGAGUUACUGCUUUAGACAUUUCUAGCAUGCAACUUCACGGUACAAUUCCUCCACAUCUUGGAAACCUGUCAUUUCUCAUCUCCCUUGACAUCAGUGACAACACUUUCCACGGGGGUUUUCCAGAAGAGUUGGCUCAUUUGCGGAGGUUGAAAUUGAUUAAUGUCACGAGCAAUAACUUCAGCGGAGCCAUUCCGUCAUUUUUCAGUUUGUUGCCAAAUCUACGUUUUGUGUACCUAUCGAGCAACCAAUUUUUGGGGAAAAUUCCAACUUCCUUUUCCAAUCUAACAAAGCUGGAAGUGUUGAGAAUACAGAGAAAUUUUCUCGAUGGAGAGAUCCCUCGAGAAAUCGGUGAUCUUCGUUACUUGACUGUCCUAGACCUGCAAUAUAAUCAGCUUACUGGCUCUAUACCACCAUCGAUCUUUAACAUUACUACAGUGCAAGUGAUUGCUCUUACCGGUAACAAUCUUACUGGAAAGCUUCCAAGAACUAUAUGA